CCCUUCACUUUAUCCGAACAGCAGGCCGAGUCUGAGGCUCGUAGAGAUUGGCAAGAAGAAGAAGAAGAAGAAAGUCGAGACGCUUCGAAACUUCAGGAACUAUGGCAUCUGCUUCAAUGGCGGUGUCCUGUGGUCUUAGGUUUUCCCCACUGUACUCUCGCCCAUCAGUUCGCGUCUCUCAUAGUUCCGUCGGGCUCGCUUCAUUCAACAAGGGGAAUUCCUUGAAACUUAGUUCCUCCAACAACAUUUCCGGCUUUGGAGUCACUUUCCUUCAGAAGCCAUCUCACAUUUCUCCCACUCCUCAAAUUCAUACUCCCUUCACUGUUUUCGCUGCUAAAGGCUACAAAAUGAAAACCCACAAGGCUUCGGCCAAGCGAUUCAGAGUAACGGGUCGGGGGAAAAUAGUUCGGAGGAGAGCUGGAAAGCAGCAUUUGCUGUACAAGAAGAACACAAAGAGGAGAUUACGGCUUUCCAAAAUGCACCCAGUGAGCCGGAGUGACUAUGAUAAUGUGAUUGGUGCUUUGCCGUACCUGAAGGUGAAUAGGCAGGCCAAGUAAAGACAAUUCUGCUUGUACUCACUUCAUUUGUAACCAAAUGAUUUUCAAUUUUCCAGAACUCAUCAAAGGCCAAAGCUUGAUUGCUUAAAAAUAUUAUUUGUCCUAUUUAUUCCAUCAGUUGAUAAUGCUACCUUCUUUCAGUUCCCUUCCUCUUUUUUUUUUUUUUUGCUAAUCUGUGACUCGCUGUAAGAUGGAGCUUAUUUCUUCUGUAAAUUAUGUGGAUCUAGGAGGAUUCUUUUGCUCUUA